AUUCGAAAUCGAGGGUAUAUGAAAAAAUGGAUUAUACAAGAGAAAAAUAAUCAUUUUCAAAUACGCUAAAAUGCAUCGUUACAAACCUAUAGAAAAUCUGUCGAGAAACUGACAAAUUAUUCGCUUUGAUCGCUUUGGUAAUUCCACGCUUUACAAAUCCUAUUACAUCAUCCGUUAAAAGGGAUCAGAUAUUACGCAAUAAAAUUUCAAAAGCCAAAAUCAAAGUCGACUCUUAUUUUAAUUAAAAUUCCAAUCAAUGAGAAGCAGAUUACGUUUCUCUACCCUGGAUGUAUCAAGUGUGGUGGCACGCAAAAAUCCGAUACCGUCUCAUAGGUUCGGGCCAAUUAACCCAAGAAGAUCCGGUCCGAAUCUUGGUCUUCGCGGUUUCGUCCAUUGGCGCGGGAGAUGUCGAAGGACGCAUGGAGGUGGAGGAAUAGACAAGGUUGAAACGAAAGGUAGAAAAAGCUGGUGUUGGUGGAUCGCAAGGGUGCGGUUGCCUAGCUACUACGUGACGUCAUCUGUGACGCAGUCGAACAAGAGGAAACAUCCGCAUCGGAGUGACAAGGAUGUGCGAUAGGGAGCGAGGUCACUGCGUCAUCAUCCACGGGGAUCCACUGAGAAGGUGGAUUGACCAGAUUAAACGUAUCUUUUCUUCGAGUUCGCACCGAGACCUUUUCUACUCACGGGGCUAAUUUCAUCUAGCUGGAAAGAGCUGACAGAAAUGUAAAACACAUCGAGCAGAAAAUAUGCCGCUUCCGGUAUGCGCGUAGAUUAUUUCCGCUACCGGAUACUAGCGUUUGGUAUAGCAUUUUGGCCUAUUGGUAUAGCACGCGUAAACGUCUGAUCGUAGUAGCGUGGAACGACCUACGGCUUGACACGAGAAACGUUGAAGGGAUUUGAUGUUCUGCCAUUAUUUGAUUCUCGCCUAUUGCGUAAAAUUGAUGUUUCUAUUAACUACAAUAAGUGUUUCAAUACAUUA